AUGGAUUUCAAGAAAAGAUUUAUCGAGAAACUUUCUCCCGAGAUUUCUUCCAGUUAUUCUGGCUUAAGUUCUCCUGUUGUGAAGACUGUCACUGAAGAGUUCCUAUCUGACUUGACCUUUUAUCCCAUUGGGUCGUUAAACUCAAUAGAUACGACGAGGUUUGUUGUCAUUGUUGGGACUAUCAAGAGUUUUGCAUCGAACAAUGAGUGGUUUUACAACGCAUGCACAACCUGCAACAAAAAGGUUUCAACAACUACUGUUGUUAAACAAAAGCAGGAUGGUACUGAUGGUGUUGAAGAGGUCACUGUCUUGGAAUGCAAGACUGAUGUUUGUAAUACAAAGAACGUUUCAUCAGUUCCAAGAAUUAGGCUUUAUAUACGUGUGCAAGAUUGUACUGGUAUUGUUAGUCUGACAUUGUUUGAGCGUGAGGUGACAAAGCUUUUGAAGGUUAAUGCUAAUCAGCUUUUAGACAACAACAUUGAAUUAGCAAACGAAGGAAGCUUUCCAAAUGAGCUUAAUUCUUUACUCAAUAUGAAGUUUGCGUUCAAGAUUGCUGUUUCUUCUUUUAACAUUAGCAAAAAGUCUGAUGGCUACUCAGUCUCCAAGAUGACUAAUAACCCGGUCGUUUUAUCGGAGCUUGAUAAACAUUUUGACACUAUUCAGCCUAUUGAUGACGAAGCCUUCAAUGUCGAACCAUCUGAUUCAAAUCGUACUGAAGAUUUGCCUGUUAAGGAUUCCAUAUCCCAAACGGGAGACGAUGUAACCCCUUGCUCGAAUGUUUUUAAAGUAUGCUUUACAACAUCGUUUGAUCAGAAGGAUGCUGACUUGGAUACGAACAGCGAACGUGACUUAAAGCGCAAUUUGGAUACCGUGUAUGACGUGGAUGUUGUUUCUUCCCAGUCUUCAUCUAAGAUGCGUAAAGACAGUGGUGUCGAUGAAGUUCUUCUGAUUCCAAAUAAAGAAGCUUAG